AUGGACGCUUUGUGUAUGCACCUGGGUGUACAGAAUUCAAGUCGACGCAGGUCAAGGUCUAGCAGUCAUCUGUCCUCGACGGCCGCACAGCUUCAAGGAUUAAACAUUACCAGCCUGUCGUCGCCUUCAGACGAACGGAGUAGGAGCACAUCAGGCAUUCAAUCCAAUCCCGAGUCUCGCGCUUCUCCAAACCCCGACUUCUUCAACCAGGGCUCCGCCUAUUCUUCGCCAAAAGAUAUCCUCACUGCUCCUGUUCCACAGCAGUACACAUCCUUUCCACUUCUCUCUGACAGUGACCUGGAUGGCAACUGGUCCUACCUCAGCGCAAGUGAAGAACCUCCUCGGUCUGCACCCUUACACGGACUCGAUACUGCCCAGGCUUUCUCCAACAAACAUCAACAUAUUGGCGACCACAGCUCUGUCUGUUCAGAGUCCAAUUCUUCCAACAUGAGCACUCUUGGGAUCCAACAGUUCGACUCUCGAUUUGACGCCAGCAUGAAUUCUGACCUCCGUCACACAUAUUCAUGGCCUCCAUUCGAUAUGAACGACCAGCAGUUCAUCUCCCAGAGCCAGAACCUGAUCCAUGGACAAUUCUCACAUCUAUAUGAUGAGCCCAAACUCAUGUCUUCUUACUCGAGAUCUCUUUCAUCCAGCCCUCCUCGAUCCAGCUUUACUCCAGAACAGCGAAAACUGAAGCGCCAGCGUGAUCUUGAUCGAAGAGACUCUAAAUCACGUGCAAGGAGGGAUAGAUCAAUGAGCAAUACCAGCAACCGAAACCCAUACAUCGUAUCUCAGAACGGCUCGCCAGAUCUGUUACCUGGGACACUCCCAGAUUACACGAGCAACCCUAGUCAAUCUCCUCUCCUCUCACAAGGGUCGCUGCACGGUUCCCCAGCUCUAGGCAGCAACGACUUCCUCGGGCCUUUCAUCCCUCCUCUCAGUAUUCAUGGACAAUCAGACAUGUAUUGCCCAGUUUACGCGAUGGGACCAAACGACUUUCCAUCAGCUCCGGCCUACCCUAUUCCUUUCUCCAACGCCGGAGGAGAGCCCGACAUGCAAGCAUUUGCCAGUCGGCCACAUUCUAUGUCUCUACCAUUAUCUCCUGAUAUGGUCAGCAUGUACGGGACUCAGCAGGCGAGCCCGAAGGUGGGAUCAUCGGAACCCGGCGACCAUGUACGAGUGGUCCACAGCCGUCCCAAGCCACAGUGCUGGGAACACGGGUGCAAUGGAAGACAAUUCUCCACAUUUAGCAACUUGCUCCGCCAUCAGCGAGAAAAGUCGGGCGCAGCACAAAAGUCCAGCUGCCCAAACUGCGGAGCCGAGUUUACGAGGACUACAGCACGAAACGGACAUAUGGCGCACGACAAGUGCAAAUCGCGGAGGGAAUCAUAG